UUCAAAAACGUGCGUGUGAGUCUGUGUAAUGUUAGCGUGAGGGAAGGAAGGCAGGGGAUGCAGACGGUUCCCGGAGACGGAGCGGCCACGUUUAGUCAGCCAGUCUCAGGUCACGUCGCUGCCCUCUGGGGUUGACCUCUGUCUGGAAAAAAAACAACCUGGAAGAACUAAAACGGGAUUUCUGGAAAACUGACUUGAGGAAAGAAGUCGGAGCGCAGCACCUCCUCCUCCCGCUUCUCCUCCUGCUGCUGCUUUUGCUUGAAAAAGAGAGAACUGAGACGGGAGAAUGACAGAUGUUUUUAAUUUGUACCUUCACAAAGAGGAGGCAGAGGUGGAGGUUUGGGUGCCAGAGUGACAACGAUGGGGCGACGGUGAAGAUUUAUAGAUUUAAUUGUACUGUUAGUGCUCUUUUAGUUUUUGUUGAGGGGAAGAUGAAAAGCUCAGACUAGAGGAGGGAGGGAGAGCAAGGAGUCAGAGAUUAGAGGAGGAAGGAGAGACAAGUAAACACACCUCAGAUGGAAUCAUGGGAUUGAUGAUCUAACGCCAUUUCUGUGCUCACAUUUGCUCCAAAAAGUGACCUUCCUGGAAUGAAUGAGGAGCUAAUCUGACUUCUUGCUCCUCUGUGAAAAUCAUGGCGAGCACUCCGACAGAAAGCCCCACCAUGGAGGUGAAGGGGGUCCCUCAGGAGAUGGCGCUGCUCAGCAAUUUACUGGCAGCGUACACCUUCAUUGCAGACCAACCUGAGAGGACAGCCCUGGUGUUUCUCGGCGGUGUGUGUGCUGGCCUUCUAGUCACGCUGUGCGCCAUCGUCUUCCAGAUCCACUGUCGUGCCGACUGCCACUACGGCAACAGCAAUGAUCUUCAUCAGCGUCACAAGAGCAAGCGGCAUCAACGCCACAGGCACAGCUGCAUCUCAAAUCCUCAUGGUGACGGUAACCCCGUCAACGCUUGUGCUGUUGUGACCUCCGGAGGAAUUGGAGCUACCGGAGACAGUCAGCAGGACGACAUGGACGACACAUCUGAUCUUUCAGCGAGGAGACGCAGACGCUUCGAGAGGGCUCUGGUGCAGGCCACCAUGUUUACAUCCUCUGAGGAGCUGGACCGUGCUCAGCGACUAGAAGAACGAGAACGCAUCCUCCGGGAGAUCUGGAUGAACGGACAACCAGAAAUCAAUACAGUCACUCAAAGCCUCAACAGAUACUACUGAUGCUGCAGUAAACUGAGAGACAAACAGAGGCUGAGAUGAAGACACACUGGAAAGAUGGAACCGGGACAGGAGAUCAAACCGGAGCAUAAACAUGAACCCUGAGUUCACCUGGAAGAUGUGCUGACAGUUUGCACUAAAUAAACUCCUGUCAAGCUGUUGCUGUCAGGUUUACAUAAAACAGCCUUUUUACGUAGUGAAUAAAUGAUGCGAUGGCCCCAUCUUCCACACCCCACGGGUGAGAAGAAGAAGUCCAGAAAAGAGAUGAUGACACAAAGGGAUCUACAGAGACUGCUUUAGAAUAAUUCAAAUAUCAGUAACAAAGAAAGUUACUGAAGAACUUUUACAUGUUGGGAUGCUUUUUAGACCAGCAACUCAUAAGUGAACUGUUAAAAAAUGACUUAUAGGACAGUGUUGCACUUUUUAUUUUCUCCUUCAUUGUUUGCACCCCUUCCAGUAUUUUUUUUGUUGAAAAUGGGAAACUUAAAUGUAGAGAGGAACAAGAAAUUAAUGCAGGAAAGAUGAUAAUACAUUUUUUCUUUAAGAAAAUGACCACAGAAAUUUUACAGCAAAACGGCGGAGCAUAAUGGUUGUUUUUCUGAAUCUCCUGUGAGAGAUUGCACACUGAUGCAAACAAGAAUAGGAUACAACUUAUAAAGUCUUUCUAUUCUGUUUUAGAUUGGUUUUAUUUUGUUUUGGUGGAUUAAUUAAGUUAAUAAACUUUAACUCCAAUUAUUUGGGUUUAUUUAUUUAUUUGUUUGAAUGUCUUUAAUACCAAACAUCCAUAAAUUCUUCAAUUUAGUUUGUUACUUCUCUGAAUAUAAAGUCCAAGGCAGGAAGGUGACAGCAAUAUUGAGUAGUUUGUAUUGAUGAGCCACUCUCACAAUCAAAGAACUGAGUUUUUUUUUUCAUGAACACUUGUUAAACAUUUUUUUUUUAAAAAGUUGCAAACACCAAUAUCACACAUCAAAAC